UUCCCUAUCAACGUCUUUUCUCCACAGCAGCAAGAUGUCUGAGGUAGAAAAUGCUUUCCGUAAAUUUGCGGUAUAUGGUGACACAUCUGCCAGUGGCAACGACAUGACGGGGAAAAACUUCUCCAAGAUGUGCAAAGAGUGUGGAGUGAUGGAUGGGAAAGCCGUGACCAGCACUGACAUUGACAUCGUAUUCAACAAAGUCAAGACCAAGGGUGCCCGCACCAUCACCUUUGCCGAGUUCCAGCAGGCCAUGAAGGAGCUCUGCUGCAAGCGCUUCAAGGGCAAAUCGCCAGAGGAAGCGCUGCAGGCUGUGUAUGGCCUCAUCGAGGGGAAGGAGCCCAGCAGCGUGGGCGCCACGAAAGCCACCAAGGUUGGUGGGGUCGAGAGGCUGACGGACACUAGCAAAUACACCGGCAGCCACAAAGAGCGUUUUGAUGAGAGUGGCAAAGGGAAGGGUCUUGCUGGCCGCGAGGAUCUGAUGGACAGCAGCGGCUACGUUGGAGCCUACAAGGGAGCUGGCACAUACGACGAGACGCACUAGGACUGAUAUGACUCAAGGAAACAAGGACUUUUCCCCUAUAACACAGGAGGAGAGGCAAAUAAACAUCUCAUGCAAC